AGCAUCCCGACUUCAUUCACCCAGGAGAUCACAGAAAGUGACACCCAAUGGGCUUGCAAGCGGAGAGUUGUUUUAUUUUUUUAUUUUUUUUGCCUUCUUUCAUACAUUGAUGCGAUUUCAUCAAUGAACCCAGCAGGACAGAUCUGAUUAUUGCUGGAAGUUAACAUUUUAAAGAGCAACGAUAAACCAGCCAAAGAGUAGCAAGAUACCCAACAGCUGCAGGACGAACCAACGGGACUUUGACGGGAUUAUAAUGAGAACAAAAUGAUGGAUAUUGUGGGGCGUGUGAAUGACAAAGAAAGGUUUUCCUGCUUUUAUUUGGACACCUGUUCUUCUGAUGCCUAAACGAGCUACAGGACAUCGAUAUGUUCUUCAUUCGUUUUGAUUGUUUGAUGAACUUUUCUUUGUAAUUCCGACUGCUCUUACGCUGACCACUGGUUAUUUUGGAAAUCCAUUAAGUGACUUUCACUCACAGCAGGAGUAGUAAAAAAAAGCUUGGCUCGUCACUUUGAACAUCAUCCUGUAUAACUUGACGCACACAGCACGUUCUUUUUAUCGAAAUCUUUGUGGUGACCAGAGUUUUACCGAGGGAUGUUUGUGGGCUCCCGAGAAGAGGGAGCGACAGCCCGGCUCCUGCAGUGGACCUCCGCCUCGCCCUGGUGCCAAUGCAGUGGAUCUGAGAGGAGAUGAGAGCUGCCGUGUACCACCUCCUCGCCGGCUGUCUCUGCCUGUUACGCGCCGCUGCUGAGGAGUCUCCACUCCCCCGGGAGCUGCUGGAGCGACUCUCCCGUAGCGAGAUACGCAGCAUCAGCGACCUCCAGCGGCUGCUAGAGAUAGACUCCGUAGAGAACGAGGUGAUCCAGGAGACCAAACACAGCUACCACAAGGACUUUUCUCACAGCUUCCCUGACUUGAAAAGGGCACGCACACACACCAGGAACAGGAGGAGCACAGUGGUGGAAGAGGCCUUACCUGCAUCGUGUAAAGUACGGACAGCGAUCUAUGAGAUCCCCAGGAGUCAGGUGGAUUCCACCUCAGCCAACUUCAUAAUCUGGCCGCCCUGUGUGGAGGUGAAACGCUGCACGGGCUGCUGCAACACCAGCAACAUGAGAUGCCAGGCGGCCCGAAAGUAUCACCGCACAGUCAAGGUGGCGAAGGUAGAGUACGUGCGACGGCGUCCCAAGCUGAGGGAGGUGCAGGUGAAGCUGGAGGAUCACCUAGAGUGCAUGUGCACCAACAAACGGCACAUCAACCCAAACACAGACAAUGGCAUUAGGUGAAGAGAGACCGGCAGAUGGGAGAGCGGAGGACAGAAGGAGGAGGAUGACCAGAAUCAGAAAAAAAGACGGAGCACCUUCAGCCUCUUAACAGCUCCAUUACAACUUCUGCCACCCAGUGACUGUGCAACGUUUGAUGGGAGUAUAUUUUACCCUGUGAUGUUUGGGAGAUUAAAUGGAGGAUCACUGACUGCCGUGGACCUCUUUUGUGCUUCGAGAAGUUUAUUAAAAAAAAGGAGAGAAACGAACUUACCAGUACAUAUGCUGAUAAUGCAGAACACUGGAGGACACGAGGUGCAUUCUGGGAUAUUAAAGGACUUAUUAUCUGCAUCUUGUGUCGUUGGAUAAACGGCUCAGCGACUCAGAUUAAUAACUGUGUGGAAUCCUUACUAGAAACCAUGACUGGGAUUAGGUUUUUUUUUACUCCAAGAUUUACUCUUCCUCAGACCAACACUCACACACACAUGCACAUAUAUCUUCUUCAUUUUUAUAACCCAUCAUUUUUUAUGACUGUUUGUUUCUACUUCUGGUAUGUUAUCUGCAUAAAAAAGGAAGGAAAUAUCCUCCUGACAUGUUAGUGAUACUAAUAAACUAUUUAUGUAAAAAAACAAAAAGAUGAGUGUGGUGAUCAGAAAAAAGCCUUAGAGAAAGAGGUGAUAUGUCUUAGUUUGAAAGAGAAAGUGUACAGGCUUCUGUGUAUGUGUGUGUGUGUGUGUGUGUGUGUGUGU